UUGUGUAGCUUGUGUUUUUGCUUGUUUAGUCUGCUUAUGUAGUUUGGUUUUUUAGUUUACUUGUGGCAGUUUUUUGCUAAUCAUUCAAUGGUUUACUUCAACAAAUCCUCAGUAUUUCUGUUAUCCUCUAUGGUCAAUCUAGAAAAGCCAUGUCUUCUCCCACGCUAAAGGCUCCAUUACUUCAUGUUGAUAAUGAUGCUCGAACAAACCAACCUAGUCGAGUGUUUACUCGACUCAAAACCGCUAUUUUGUCCCUGGUUGAUCCUAAUGCCGUGGUUGUAACAAGUGGAGACUGUGGACAAACUAUGGACGACUCGGCUGAUUCAACUAGAUCUGCAUCCCUUCUCUCGACUAGCUUACAGGUUUGCAUUGCAUUUACCUUAGCUGGGUUUGGUAACGUUGGUGCUGGUCUCAUCCUUGACAUUGUUCAACAUUGGCCCGUUUUCAAAGUAAUUAGUGAACUCUUCAUCCUAGUUCCAUCACUUUUAGGUCUUAAGGGCAACUUAGAAAUGACCAUGGCUGCUCGAUUAUCAACACAAGCAAACUUGGGCCACAUGGAAGAUCUAAAAUCAACCCUUUCCUUAGCUAAAGGUAACAUGGCUCUAAUCCAAUGUCAAGCUACUGUAGUUGCUUUCCUGGCUUCUAUUUUUGCCAUAUCCACCAAUGCAAUCUCCAAAGGAUCGUUCAACAUGCAAAAUAAUCUAAUUCUCCUCGCAUCAUCCCUGUUGACUGCAAAUGUUGCCUGUUUUAUUCUCGGUGCCUGUAUGAUUGGUGUUAUCGUUCUUUCCCACCGAUUUGAAAUUGAUCCAGAUAAUGUUGCUACGCCUUUAGCUGCUUCUAUUGGCGAUUUAGUUACCUUGAGUUUAUUAGCUUCAUUUGCUCAGCUAAUUCAAGAUCACGCUACUCCAGGAACAAUAUCAAUACCUUCGUGUAUCAUUAUAGCAAUUUUGUUUACUCUUCUCCCUUUUUGGACAUACACUGCAUGGAAAAAUGAACACACAUUUGAUGUUGUUACUUGCGGUUGGCUCCCCAUAAUUUUGGCAAUGUUCAUUUCAAGUCUGGGAGGUGUCAUCUUGGAUGUGUCUACUAUUGAAUUUAAACGGUUAGCCCUGUUUCAACCAGUUAUUAAUGGUGUUGGUGGUAAUCUAGUCGCUGUCCAAGCAAGCCGACUAUCAACAUAUCUUCAUCGACAGGGUCAACCAGGUCACUUGCCUAUUAGUAUUGAAUAUUUAUUAAUACCUUAUCGAGUCUUCAUUGGUUCCAACAUUAACAUAAGCACUGCUCGAGUGUUACUUAUAAUAUCUCUACCGGCUCACAUUUUGUACCUCAUUGUCUUCAGAUUGAUAAAGGGUUCCAUUGGCUUUGAAAUCACCAUUCUAUUCUUCUCGAUUUACCUUGUAUUUGCAAUAUUUCAGGUCGCUCUUCUCCUUUACUUUGCUCACAAUUUGGUUACACUUUUGUGGAGGAAUGGAACUGAUCCUGAUAAUUUUUCGAUUCCUAUCUUGACAGCUUUAGGUGAUUUCUUAGGAACUGCUUUUCUGUUAAUUGUUUUUAUCCUAUUAUCUAUGGCUGGAGAUAUAAAUGCAAUUUAAAUCUGUGAAAACUGGACAGCAAAUAUAUUUAUUUGUUUUCAUUAAAUUAUUUUCAUCAAACUGAUCUCAUUCACGACAGAGUUAUAUAGCCUCAUUAAUAACCUCCCGUACCUGCCUCUUCACCGCAGCUGUUUUGUAUUGAAACAAAUUGUUUCAAAGAUUAAGAUUCAAUGAGCAACGUUGCCGACUUUUACAAAGAGGAAUUCCUGCCUCACCGAUUCUUCCUGGUCAUUGUGGUUAACAUGAUUGGGGAUUGGAAAUUGUACCGGUAAUUUAUCCCGGUGAUAGACUGACUCCUUGAUAAACUCAAACCAAAUUGAUUGCAGCUGUUAAUCAAUAUUUUUUAAAGCGACAAAUCAAACUGUUAACCUUUUUAUUCUCAUACCAAACAAUUGGUGUCCGUUUGUGUGAUAUUUUUGACCUUUCUUUUUUGGUUGCUCAUUCAUGAUUGUUGGUUUCUGAGGCCAACGAAAUUUCAUGCCUAAAUUAAUAAAAAAGCGGUUCUUUCAAUCGAUAAUUUGAUUGUCCAUAGCCAUUAUUUUGCUAA